CCUGGAGUGUGUCCAUUGGGAUGGUGGCCAGUUGGGAGAUGGUCUGGAGACCCACUGACAGAGGCACUGAGAGCACCAGUGGUCCUCUGUCUGGCACUACCUACACCAUCCACCAGUUGGACCCCUCCACUAUCUACACACUCACUGUCACAGCUACCAAUGUAGCUGGAACUAAUACUAGUCUUCCCAUCAUCAUUUCUACUGCUACAGGUGAAUUCGCUACCAGUUACCCACAAGAUGCUGGGUUUGAGAUUGCAGCAGGAGUGGUUAUCACACUACUGGCUAUAGCGACCGUUGCUGGAAUGAUAGUCAUCAUGGGUUUUCUCUAUAAAAGUGGCAGACUACACUCCAUCUUCAAACGGAUAAUUUUGAAUGCUUCUAAGUGCCUUUCCUCCAUCAGUAGGAGAAAUAGUGAAAUGCAGCUUCCUUUUAUGACAUCAGAGAGGGAGACAGACCCAUUCAGGACAACAAGGAACGAAGCUUACAAUGCAGAGGUAGUAGAGCAAGGAGGGACUGAGGCAGGCUAUGAUACACCAUACAGACUCUCACUCUCUCUCACUGAGAGUGUUCAAGUGACUAAACCUUGAGUCUCUUAUCAAAAACAUCAAUGAUUGGGUGUAUAUAUGUAUGCAUAAAGUAUUAACUACCGAGGCUUGUUUGUGAUUCACUUCCUUUCAGAUUUUCUGUUGUCGUAAAGUUUCUUGACCUACAUAUCUUG